CUUCCAGAAACGCAACAUUCUUUUAACCUCAGCUGGAAGCUGCGACCACCUGGCUCCUGCCUCAGUUAAAAACGAUUCACAUCGUCGACUUGGAUUGCUGACCAAAUAAAUUCAACGCUUCGCCCGUUGCUGCUACAACUCGCCACAUUACCGACAUCUUCAAGAGUACACGAGAGUCACAAGAAGCUCCAGCGAUAAACGGCCCUGGGCAUAUCGCCAUUGUGAAUACCUGUCAUGGCGACCCAACAACCCCCAGGCCUCACUGCCGAGCAGUCUAAGGCUCUGUUCAAUAUCCUCACCCAUUUCGAGACCUACCACGAGAUCGAAGACUUCAAGAAGCCAGAAACCAUUUCUGACUAUGGCUACCCUUUUGCGCAGAGCUCCAAGCCCGGAGAGGCCAUCACCUACGCCCCGGAGUCCUCAGCGCCCCUUCUGCAGUCUCUCUUCACCAGAUUCAUCCUGAAGCUACCGGGCGUCUCCUCCUUUGUUCCCGAGUUUUGGAACGUCCGAGUUCAGGGAAUCCUCAAGAACUUUGCCGAGGCCGAGCUGUCCGAAAGCUACGAGAAGGGCGCGCUGGGUACUAGAAAGACCCUGGCGACCGCCUCGUCCACUGUCAUCGAGACCGUCGCGCGUGGCAUGAUUGGUGGCGGACCCUACAGCGACCCGUCAACGCGGCUUAAGCAUUACGAUCUGAACAGAGCGGAAGACCUGGCGCAGGCCUGGGAUGAUGCUAUGCAUGAACUCGUUUACGGGGACCUUUGCGACAGCUUACUUGAUCACCUUGCCGAGACGGACGACUUCGAAUCACACUCUCCAAUGACCCAGGCGGCGAACGAGUACAUCAUUGUCCACCUGGCUGGACUUGCCCACCAAGUGCUGGUUGUCUCACCCGAGGGCCAGUACCUCGUCAAGCUUAUGGAGCAGGUUCACAAGAUGGUACCAUACAACAUGGUCCGGCAGACACUCAAGGUCGGCAAUGCUGCGACAAUGAUUGCUGGCAUGAUGAAGAUCUUUCUGGCCAAGCUUAGCGUUGGGUCGGUUUCGAACUGGUUUGGCAUAACAAAGGAUGCUGCAGAUGGCAUGAAUCUUAUGCAGAGGAUCAUCUCCGUCAUCCUCGGCUGGGACUGCGCCGACUUCAAGAAGACGAUCGACAGAAUCGCUAAAGACAAGAAUAGGCCAAGUAAAGGCGCUCUAGAUGCCAUCAAGGCCCACACUCAAUCCCCUCCAACCGAGCGCGAAGUGAUCCGAGCCAUGAGCGCGCAACAAGACAAGUCCAUCAUCGCCGUCAUCCUCGAAACGGCGAACCCCAUCCUGCUUUCCGAUCUCAGCGAGGACGAGCACAUAAUGUGUCUAGAAUACUACGCAGCACUGCUGGCUAUGCGCGACCGGGAAGAAAUCAUCAGCAUCCUCUGCAGGCAGAGCCCAGACUACCUCACCCAGGCGGUCCGUGAGGCAGUGGCCGGGAUGGAUCCCAUCAUCCGCGCCGUACACAAUAAAGUCGACCUCUCGGACCACGUUAGGGACUACCACAUGUUCCUCGACCAGCUGAUCGCCUGCAGUAAACCAAAGAAGGGAAAGAACAAAGAUGACCCGGAGACUAUGCCCACUGUAGAGGACUACGUCAAGCUAUGCAAGGACAAUAAGCAUCUCUUGUACAAGUGGCUGCACGCUGUGGGCGGCAAAUGCCCUGAAGUCAUGGACCAGUUCAGGGCGUGGGCAAAGGACUCCCUGGUUGCAUUCCACAAGACUAAGAACGGUGGCGCGAGCAUUGAGGAGCAGCUGGGUGACAUCUUCAACCAGGUUCCCGAUAACAGCAGAGCGGCCCUUCUUCCCAUCAUCGACGCCCACGCUGCAUACCUACGGGACCUGGAAAAGCUGUCCUUGACGCGCAUGCAGACCAUCAUCGAGGGCAACUCGACGAGUAUGGCUGGUCCGGGUGUCUACUUGGUGCGGUGGCAGAACCUGAUGGAUGACACUCUCAUUACGCCUGUGAGGCCCGUCGGUCCGGUACGGUUGGGCAGAGACGUCAAGGGGUUGGCGCCGACGCAAGGCAAGCGGGGUUCUGCGUCAAGUGAUGCUGGCGAGAUCAUUGCGACCGUCCGCGACAUGAAUCUGUCUUCUUUGCCCGAAGCGCCGGAUGUGCAGGCGGUCAUCCAAGCGCUGGGUCCUAGGUUCAAGCAGAUGCUCACCAUAGCAUCCAGAGCCAAUGGUCCUCCGACGAACGGCGCGGCCAACGGACGUGGUUCGCCCAUUUGAAGUUGGAUGGACCGCCGCCCAGUAUUAUGACAUGUUUCCUAGGAUUUCUUUUUGGGCUUUGGGGGUGGAUUAGCAUUGUGUCACAUGGUGACUACUACAAACGACUUGCAUGGGGACAUGGUUUGAUGUUCUCUAGGAAUUGGCCUGGCGUUUGGAAGGAAUGGAAAUCGGUUUUGGUCUUGGACUUGGACUGGAUUGAGCGGCAGGCGGGAUAUUUGCUGUAGAGCCGAACAAAGACAAUCGACAGAGAUGUUGCAGAGUAAACCGAGUGUCGCAGUACUUCGUGUGGGUCAACGGGAUAGGAAGCAUCUCUUGAGGCGUCAUGAGGCGACCAACAGACCAAGAUCUUCGGCAUAUGCGGUCGAAGCUUAUCCCAGUCCUGAAUGAAGGUGUGGACAAGUGUCCGUAUCUCGCCGUUAGUCAAAGUUGAACUUAUCC